AUGCCCCCACUGCUGAUCCACUACUCUGCUCUCACUUGGGCCCAAGAGGGUGCCUGCCCACAGAGGACUGCAUUUUGCCACCACUACAUUUGCCGGGAGAUCCUGAGGGGUCUGGCCCACCUCCACGCGCACAAGGUGAUCCACCGAGACAUCAAGGGCCAGAACGUCCUCCUCACUGAGAACGCAGAGGUGAAGCUGGUUGACUUUGGGGUGAGCGCCCAGCUGGACCGCACAGUGGGCCGUCGGAACACAUUCAUCGGCACCCCUUACUGGAUGGCCCCCGAGGUGAUCGCCUGUGAUGAGAACCCCGACGCCACCUAUGACUACAGAAGCGACAUCUGGUCCCUGGGAAUCACCGCCAUUGAGAUGGCCGAGGGAGCACCACGUGAGUGUCUGCAGGGGGAGACCGGUCCACUGAGGAGGGAGGGAGGGAGGCUGCCGGCUCUCUUCCUCAUCCCCCACUUGAUCCCUCCGCCCAAGCUGAAGUCCAAGAAAUGGUCCAAGAAAUUCAUUGACUUCAUUGACAGCUGCCUGGUCAAGGCGUACACCAGCCGCCCCCCGACAGAGCAGCUGCUCAAGUUCCCCUUCAUCCGGGACCAGCCCACGGAGCGGCAGGUCCGCAUCCAGCUCAAAGACCACAUUGACCGCCUGCAUAAAAGAGGGGAGAAAGAUGAAACUGAAUACGAAUACAGUGGCAGUGAGGAAGAGGAUGACGGGCGUGGCGAAGAAGGCGAGCCCAGCUCCAUCAUGAACGUCCCAGGCGCAUUCGGUCGCUCGCCUAGGGAGUUCGCCGCGCUGCAGCAAGAGAACAAGAGCAACUCGGAGGCCCUCAAGCAGCAGCAGCUGGCCGCUCAGCACCGCGACUCCGAGGCCCACAUCAAGCACCUGCUGCACCAGCGCCAGCGACGCAUCGAGGAGCAGAAGGAGGAGAGGCGAAGGGUGGAGGAGCAACAACGCCGGGAGCGAGAGCAGCGGAAGCUGCAGGAGAAGGAGCAGCAACGGCGGCUGGAGGACGUGCAGGCCCUGCGGCGGGAGGAGGAGCGGCGGCAGGCUGAACGGGAGCAGGAGUAUAUCAGGCACAAGUUGGAGGAGGAGCAGCGGCAGCUGGAGCUCCUGCAGCAGCAGCUCCUCCAGGAACAGGCCCUGCUGCUGGAGUACAAGCGGAAGCAGCUGGAGGAGCAGCGCCAGUCGGAGCGCCCCCGCCAGCUGCAGCAGGAGCACGCCUACCUGAAGUCCCUCCAGCAGCAGCAGCAGCAGCAGCAGCUUCACAAGCAGCAGCAGCAGCAGCAGGAGAAGAAGCCCCCCUACCUCUACAGCCGCGGCGCCGACAAGCCCACUUGGGCGCGGGAGGUGGAAGAGCGGGCACGCAUGAACAAGCAGAACUCUGCCUCCCCGGUGGCCAAGAGCAAGAUGGUGGGCGGGGGGCCAGACUCAGGACCCCCCUCCCGCUCCGAGUCGGCCUUGCUCAGCUCCUCCCCAGCCUCACAGACCCCGCCUAUGCAGCGCCCCGUUGAGCCCCAGGAGGGGCAGCACAAGAGCCACCUGGCCCAUCGCGUCCCGCUCAAACCAUACGCUGCCCCCGUCCCUCGCUCCCAGUCGCUGCAGGACCAGCCCAGCAAGAACCGCGGCGUGCUUUUCCCUGUCCACUGCAGCUCCACCACCACCUCCGCCCCUCCCCACCUCCCGGCCCGAGGGCAGUCCGAUCAGGCAGAACUGUCGGACCCCACUUCAGAGAGCCCCGCCCCGCAGCCAUCCCGACCCACUGCUGACCAGCGAGGACCGCCCUGGGUCAAAAUGGACCCUGAGCCCCCUCCCAAGGUUCCCCAGCGGACAUCGUCUAUAGCGACAGCGCUCAACACCAGCCGGGGCAGUGAGAGUGGCAACUUACAGGCCAGUUACGCCGUCCGAGCCAGACCUCGUAGCAAGUCCGCCUGGCAUAUCCACAUGCAGAGCCGGCUGGAGAGGGGUCCCAAGUGGGAUCCCUCGCCAGCCCCUCAUCCCCCCCAGACCGCAGGCCGGACCCCACCCUGGGACCUGCCGCCUUCCGUGCCAAACGCCAGUAGGUCUCCCCUGAAGCUGGACAGCCCCCCGGUCAUGCCCAAGGGGGACGACCACCGCUCACGUCCUGGCCGGCCAGCGAGCUAUAAACGGGCAAUCGGCGAGAACUUUGUGCUGCUCCGAGAACGUCCAGAGGAUGUGGCCCACAAGCCCCUCAAGAAGGCCAUGGACUACUCCUCCUCCAGUGAGGAACUGGACUCCAGCGAGGAAGAGGAGGACGAAGAGGCUGAGGGAGAGCGCUCUGAGGCCGGCACAGACACCACAGGGGCCAGGGAUGGCGACACAGACUCGGUGAGCACCAUGGUGGUGCACGACGUGGAGGAGCUGACGGGUGGUGGCAGCGGAGGCUCCGAGAGUUCGUACGGCGAGGGGACCAUGUUGGUGCAGCGGACCCCCGAGGAAGAGCGGGGCUUGCUGCACAGCGACAGCAACGGCUACACCAACCUGCCAGACGUGGUCCAGCCCAGCCACUCACCCACCGAGGCCAAGAGCAGCAACGGCUCCUCCUCCCCCUCCAAGGACUCAGCGACAGACUAUCAGUCACGAGGCCUUGUCAAAGCACCCGGGAAAAGCUCUUUCACCAUGUUUGUGGAUUUGGGCAUCUACCAGAGCUCAGGUGGAAGCGGAGACACCAUCCCCAUUGCAGCCUUUGACCCCAGUCGACUGGAGCAGCUGCAGCUGGAAGCCCGUAAAGGCUCUGUGGUCAACGUGAACCCCACAAACACCCGCCCCCACAGUAUUGACCCAUGCGAGAUCCGCCAAAUACAAGAAGCGCUUCCAACUUCGGAAAUUCUGUGUGCCGCCUUUGGGGGGGGGGUUGGGGGGGGGGGGGGUGGGCAGGGCAAAGUGUACAGCCUCAUCAACCGCCGCCGCUUCCAGCAAAUGGAUGUCUUAGAAGGGCUCAACCUGCUGACCACCAUCUCAGGGAAGAGGAACCCAAGCUACGAUGUCUACUACCUCUCUUGGCUGGAGAACAAAAUUUUGCUACUGCUGAUCGAAGUGGAGAAGAAGCAGGGCUGGACCACCGUGGGGGACAUGGAGGGCUGUGUCCACUACCGUGUGGUAAAGUACGAGCGGAUCAAGUUCCUGGUCAUUGCGCUCAAGAACUCGGUAGAGGUUUACGCCUGGGCACCGAAGCCCUAUCACAAAUUCAUGGCCUUUAAGGUACUGGGCGGGGAGCUGGGGGUUGUGAGUGAAGGGGGGGGAGCUGGGGGUUGUGAGUGAGGGGCGGGGGGGGCUGCAGUUUCAGGAUUCUGGAUACUCCAGGAGGCUCCUUGAAGGCCACGGGAUGCUCUGAAAUCUGCAAGAAAAAACACUCUGUAUAAAUUCCAGUGGGGUCUCAGUGGGGUGGGCAGAUUUCAGUAGCAGCUGAAUGGAUUGGAUGAGAGUUCUGAGGGGUUUGUCGCUGCCAUGCGGGGGAAAGGAAAGGUGUGUUGAGGAGGCUGCCUGACUUCCCCAAAAAUGUGCAGCCGCCUUUUGUGCUUGGAGCCAGCCAGAUGGAGCCGCUGCCCUUGUCUGUGAGUCCCGCUCAAGUUCCUCCUCGUCUCUCUCUGGCGCCAGUAUCUCAGGCGUCGUCUUAGCAAGCGUGCCCUUCCUGCCUUCAGCAGUUACAGCUUUGGCUGAACGAAGCUGGCCAGAUCUUGGUCUCUGGAUCAGGAGGAACAGGAAGCCCAGCACAGCCAGAGGGGGAAAUUGUAGACAACUGAUCCAGGCAUGCUGA